AUGGCAAAAUUAACAGCAAUUAUUGUUAUUGCAAUCUCUGUUGGUAUCUGGGCUGUGUUAUGGAGAGAUAGCUUUGAUCCUGAGGUUCUCUCAGGUGCCCGUAUACUGUUGACCGGAGCCAGUAAAGGAAUUGGUGAGCAGAUGGCAUAACACUACGCCAGGUUUGGUGGUGAACUUGUGAUAACUGCACGAAAUAAAACUCUGCUGAAACAAGUGGAGGAAAGUUGUCUGCAACUAGGUGCUAAGAAAGUCUACUCAUUCUCUGCUGAUAUGUCUGAUCCAAAGAGCGCAGAUCGAGUGGUGCAAUUCACCCUGGAGAAGCUAGGUUCUCUGGACUAUUUGGUUUUGAAUCACAUUGGAUAUGAUCCUUUUGACAUGUGGAAUAGGAAUACUGAGCAAACAAGCAGACUGAUUCAGGUGAAUUUCCUGAGCUAUGUCCAGCUGACAGUUGCUGCACUGCCUGCAUUAACCAAAACCAAUGGAUCGAUUAUUGUCGUCUCCUCCCUUUGUGGCAAGAUUUCCUUCCCUUAUGCAGUUUCAUACUUGGCCUCUAAGUUUGCUCUGGAUGGAUUCUUCAGCUCCCUGCGCCUCGAGCUCGCGAUGCAGAAGAAGAAUGUAUCGAUCACUCUGUGCAUCCUCGGACUGAUCGACACUGAGUCAGCCAUGGAGAAAAUCAGAGCCCAGAGAAUUUCAACAAUGAGUCCUUAUCCUGUGUCAGAAACAGCAUUGAACAUUAUCAAGGGAGGAGCUGUAAGAGCGCAGGAGAUAUAUUGCCCAUGGUGGAUGAAGCCGAUUGUGUUUACCCGAGAUUGGUUCACUGAACUGAAGAAUAAGAUGAUUUACUAUAUGUACCCGGAAAAAGAUGGACAAUAACUAUCACCAUUGUGUGUUGCUGAGCCAUAGACCCGCCAUAUGGAAAUUAAUGGAAUUUACAACAAAAACUAGGGCAAAUGACCAGUAUAUUCAAGUGUCAUGUACUGUCAUUGCAAACAAGUAGCUCGAAACAAAUUUCUAAUAAUUUAAUUUGUUUUUCCUAACAGCGUGAAUUUUUAAAAAAUAGCUUAAACUUUAUCUCCAGUGGUUUUAAUCUAUUCUCAAUACAUUCCCAUACUCCACUAUGUUAUGAACACAGUGGUAGAACAUCAUUGGGGAUGGUGCU